AUGUUGUAUCUGAACGAUUUUCAGGAUAUGAAGAACAAGAUUCUUGCUAAUGCCAUCAAGGCAUUUAACCCCUUGAGACUAAGAGUUGGAGGGUCAUUGGAAGAUCAGACGGUUUAUAAAGUUGGAUUGGUCACCAAAUGUCCGCACUUCAAAAACAACAUGAAUGUCAGACGUUUUGGAUUUUCCAACGGUUGCAUCACCAUGGAAAGAUGGGAUCAGCUCAACCAAUUCUUCAACGAAACUGGGGCUAAAGUGACAUUCGUUUUGAAUGCUCUUCGUGAAAAUAAAUCAGAAAAUAAGAACAGCACGCUUUGGGUAGGUAACUGGAACAAACUAAAUGCCCAGGAAUUCAUGAAGUACACCAUCUCCAAAGGUUACAAGAUUGAUUCGUAUGAACUUGGAAAUGAACUAUCUGCAUCUGGGGUUUUUGCAAGGGUUAAUGCUGGACAAUAUGGAAAAGACACGAUUAUUCUUAGCAAUCUUGUGAAAAAGUUGUAUGCCAAUUUUUCCGAUCAGCCAAAGAUUUUGGGUCCUGGUGGCUUCUACGAUAAGGAAUGGUUCAAUAAAUUCCUUCGGGUUUCAGGACCAGGAAUUGUUGAUGGUCUAACCCACCAUAUCUAUAAUCUUGGUGCAGGCAAUGAUCCAAAACUUAUAAGCAGAGUUCAAGACCCCUUUUACCUGGACAAAAUAGCACAAACAUUCAAAAGUAUUUCGGAAUCAAUUAAGCAAUAUGGGCCAUGGACUGGUGCAUGGGUUGGAGAAUCUGGGGGUGCUUACCAUAGCGGUGGCACGAAUGUUUCUAAUACUUUUGCUGACGGUUUUUGGUAUUUGGAUCAGCUGGGCAUGGCCUCCACUUUUGAUCAUAAAGUCUACUGCAGACAAGUUUUGAUCGGAGGAAACUAUGGUCUUCUUAAUACAACCACAUUUGCCCAUAACCCUGAUUACUAUGGAGCGCUGUUGUGGCAUCGCCUCAUGGGAAGUAGAGUUCUUCAUGAUGCAUCUCCUUAUUUGCAUUCAUACGCGCAUUGUUCCAAAGAUUCUGAAAGAGGUGACAUAACGGUGCUUCUGAUAAAUAUGUCAAACUCUACCACUUUUGUAGUGAAUACUGUGAAUGAUCUGAAUCUUUUCCCAAGUGAUCAUACCGAGCUCCCACCAAGAGAAGAGUACCAUCUGACACCAGAAGGCAGAACAUUCAAAGCCAAGUAG